CUUCCCUCUCCCCUUUUUAUACCUUUUAUUUUUCUUUUCUUCAGCACGAUAUUGUCAAGUUGUUUAUAUUCCCGGAGUAUUUUUGUUUUACUCAUUUCUUCGCCUUUUAUACUACAACCUCACACCUUGUUUUGUCGAGUCUAAAUACCACUUUCAACACACCUGCACGCUUACCACUAAAGCAGUAAUCGACACAUCCUAUCUUACACUUUUUUAUUACAGUCACGUUUUUCCUAUCAGCACCUAAACAACGGAAUCAGCCAUGACAGAGCCAGCGGUAUUUGAGAUUUGCUUCCCAUCGCACAUCUCGCGCGCGCCAGUGUGUCGCCCGGGGCAGACAAUUGCUGGAGCAGUCGUGCUGAAGCUCAGCAGCCCGCUCGUAGCGUCGCACCUAAUGCUGCGCUUCUACGGCAUCGAGCGCGUCCGACGCACUCCUGUAUCAACGCGCACUGAGGCGACAGAAAAGAAGCAGCAGCAGACGACUGUGGGGCAGAAAAUGAUCAUGGACAAGGAGUUUUUCCGCCAAGAGCUCUUGCUCUGGGGAGAGCGCAAGGUCGGAAGCCUGCGCGUAAUUCCUUGCAACACAGCGCAUCGGUUUCAUUUCUCGUUCACCAUGCCUUACGUCAACAUGCCGACUCCGCGGCAGACCCCAGAUGUGGAGAUAUCCUACUUGCUUGAGGCCAGUCUGGCCACUGAGUUUUUUGACCACCAGCGUGACGAAAAGGUGUUGCGCGACAUGCAUAAGACUGCAACCAGGUGCUUCCAGUUUGAGCCCGUCAUCCAGCAGCGCAUAAGCCACGGUCUCGCAGCCAGCGCGCCGCUCGAGUCCAUUAUCGAACUGAAGGACGCCGCCCUGCUUAAUUUUGGAAGCACCACUGGUGCAGGGGGCAACAGUGAUGCAGGCAGUGAUCCUCGAUCCUCCUCGUCGACAAUCUCAGCAUCCUCCAUUCUGUCAUUCCACAACGCAGGCAAGACGCACAUGAACCUGCACGUCUUCCAUCCGACGCCCGCCUAUUUGCCCGGAGAAACCGUCGAGCUUCUGAUCCUCGCCCCAGCAAACAGGAAAAUCACCCACUCCUCCUUCCAGGUGCGCGAGAAUGUCCGGUGCAGAAAGUCGUCUGCGCCCAUUAUUGACGAGUCAGACGUGCCGAUCCUGUGGAAGUACUCAGUUGAUCUGACUGAGCCGCAGGACAUCCAUUUUACCAAGCUCACAAAGGCAAACAUUUCGCAAGAUAUUGGCAUGCUUGGUCGCUACCUGUUUACCGGCCACACGUCUCUUUCCCUGGGCAUACAAGGCGACCUAUCGGCUGGAAAGCAUGUGGACCAGUCGCAGCGUCCUCCGAGCAUUCAUAGCAUUGGCGGGAAAUCUUCGGCCUCCAUCCACAGCUUGAACAUGCAAGACAGCAAGCCCAAGGGCGUCGAAGGUCUUGCAAUAACCAAUCUGGCAGCCGACGGCCCGUCCCAGCUGAAAAAACAGCAACACCGGGUGAGCGUACCACUGUCUCCGCUCACAGAGUCGCAGGAGAUUGGUCACGGCAGCAGCAGUGAGACCUUGGGUACCUGCGCAAGCAGUAUUAUCGGCGGGGCAGUCGGAGGCAUGGCCCAUAUUGGGGAUAAUCUGGUAACACCAAUGUCGUUGUCCUCCUCCUCGUCGGCAUCGUACUCUGCGUCAAUGGUGGCGUCGGCAGUGGCAGGCUCCGGCAUUCCUGGUCGCAGCUGCGUGGGCUCUCUUGGAGGAAUGCACUCUCAGCAGUCGUACACGCAAAGCAUAUAUUCCCCCACCUCGCCAAGUAACAUACAACCACAGCCACUGGGCCCAGCGCCUGCGUCCCUAGUAUCGGGAGCUGUGCUUGAGCACGACGAUGGCAUCAGCGACCGCAGCUCCAUUUCGGAAACCCUGUCUACCCGCUACCAGCCGACAAAAUCGUCGUUGUCGGCCAACUUUUCCUCGCUCACUCGUGGAAGCUCCACUCACAACAACAUGGGAGUGCCAAAGUACAACCGCCUGGCCAUUACUCCCGUGCCGCUCGGCGGACUGUUGACCAAGGGCUCGUACAAGUUUGCCAAAAUCAGCUUCACCCUGCCGCCAAUUGCAGAGAUGUCACCAGUAUCGUCAGUGUUUUUGGACUACGAGUACACAGUGGACAUGUCAUUGUCUAUCGGUGGCAGCUUUGGCACGACCAAGAAGACUGCGGGAAGGCUCCCGCUGAAAAUCGUUACUGUGCGCACUGCUGCAAAGGCCAGUAGCGAGUCCACAGUGGCUGCCUCUACUGCAAACAUGACCGCUUGCACGCCUAACACUGUGACAAGUAUGCUCAGUGGCGAUAGCAGUGGCCAUACUUUUUCUGACACCAGCGACAGUAGCCGCAGUCUUCGCGACAGUCUCUCUGUGCUCAACCUCUCAAUUUCUGGCUCCAACAAGGCAUCGCCCUCUUCGACCAAUAUGAGCAUGGGUCACAGCAUGCACAAAGGCUCCCCGACCAAUACUCUGACUGAGUUCCAGCUUGAUGGCGGCAAUGCUACCAAAUAUCACAGCGAUGGUCAGCUUUUGGACGACAGCUACCCUUGCUUGCUAUCAUUUAUACAGAAUGGCGAGAAAAUCCCAAUUCCUGAGCUAGAGUCCAUCAAGAUUGGAUCCAACUUGAUGUAGGCUGCCGACAAUAUAGUUUCUUUAAUUUGGUUCUUACUUUUUUUACUAGUUUUCGAUGGAUAAUAUUUAUUUCAAAUUGACAGCAGCGAUGCUGCUUUUAUUUCUAUUGUUA